GAUUCACUAUCUGUCAUUGUAACUUAGCCACUUUUAAUUCUUUAAAUUUAAAUGGUGUUGUUGUUAUAAAUCCAAAUUUACUUCAAAUAAAAACAGUUUUAAUGUGAUUUAGACAUCCAAUAUUCGUGUAUAAUCGCUAUCGUUCGAACAAAAUAUAAGGAAAACGUGUUUCUGGAGCUGAAUUGGAUUUUUUCCCCGAGAUUUGAUUUCCGAAAAGUCUCCACACUUUUUUUUAUGAAGUGUUAAAUUGAAAUAUCUACCGCUAAGUCAGUCUGGGGCGAAGCGAAAAAUUGAGUGAAUUAAUCGGUUUUAAUUGGAUGUUAAACUGUGCAAAACUGUUAACAAUGUGUUCGGUGUGCGAUAAAAUCAAUGGAUUGUUGUAAAAAUGCGAUAUCCGCACAAUAAUCGGGCCUUCAUUUACUGUGAUGACAGCCUAUCGACCAUAAACUAAAGCCAAACUAAGGCCUUCAACAAAAAAAAACCAAACACACAUUUCAAUUUUCUAAAAGCAUAAACAUAUUGUGUGGCUUGAAGUUUCGCGAAAAUUGUGCUUGUGACAAGGAAUAUAUUGUUUGACCGAACAAAACUGCAAAAAAAAAAUUGUUUAAAAGGAAAGAAAAAAAAUUUAUUCUAAAUAUCCAAAAUGAUUUAAAUCAACCAAAUUUGCUACGACUUAUAAAUGUAUCGUCAAGGGAAACUAAAUAGGAACACAAUCAGUUAAUCGGAUAUUGGCUCACAAUUUUUAUAAAUCAGGGAACCGCAAACACCUAACAAACAAAAAAAGAAGAAGAAAUUAUCGUCCAAAUAACAAAACGCUGUUGUUCAACGUUCAACUAAAUUCUAAACACAAAUUCGACGCGGACGUUUCAUUUGGGACUUAACUACACGUUGAAGAGUAACAGUCUGAAAUCUGAAACGCGUGAGCAGUACGACUGAAUCAUUUAAUUGUGCAGCUAAUCUUGUAAUAUCCAACAAUUGCCAAGUUUAUUGUAUUUAGAGAAUCGAUAUUUUUGUGUAUCCGAUUUAAGCGGUUGUUUUGCUUACAAAUAUUUUUGCUGUGUUCAAAUUAAUAUUGAAAGCCGGAAAAAUGUCGUCGGGAACGUUUGUUGAUCGGAUUGACCCAUUCGCAAAGCGAUCGCUUAAAAAGAAAAGCAAAAAGUCUCAGGGUUCGUCGAGGUAUCGUAACUCGCAAGAUGUUGAAUUGCAACAGUUACCUCAACUAAAGGCUGACAGUUCCAGCAUGGAUCAAGAAGAUUUGUUUAUAAGGAAAUUGCGACAGUGUUGUUUCUCAUUUGAUUUUAUGGAUCCCAUAUCGGAUUUAAAAGGCAAAGAAAUCAAGCGAGCUGCAUUAAAUGACCUUUCUACGUAUAUUACCCAUGGUCGAGGUGUUCUUACCGAAGCUGUUUACCCAGAAAUUAUACGAAUGAUUUCAGUGAAUUUAUUCCGAACACUACCGCCCAGUGAAAAUCCUGACUUUGAUCCAGAAGAAGAUGAUCCAACAUUAGAAGCAUCAUGGCCCCAUUUGCAAUUAGUUUACGAAGUAUUCCUGAGGUUCUUAGAGUCGCAAGACUUUCAAGCGACCAUUGGAAAGAAAGUUAUAGACCAAAAAUUUGUAUUACAACUCUUGGAACUGUUUGACUCUGAAGAUCCGAGGGAACGUGAUUUUUUGAAAACUGUCUUGCAUCGGAUUUAUGGAAAAUUCUUAGGACUACGAGCAUUCAUCCGGAAACAAAUCAACAAUAUAUUUUUGCGUUUUAUUUAUGAAACUGAACAUUUUAAUGGUGUGGGCGAGCUUUUGGAAAUUUUGGGAAGUAUAAUUAACGGUUUUGCUUUGCCGCUGAAGGCCGAACAUAAGCAAUUUCUGGUCAAAGUGUUGUUGCCACUGCAUAAAGUCAAAUGUCUGUCGCUGUAUCAUGCACAGUUGGCAUAUUGUGUGGUACAAUUUCUCGAAAAGGAUGCAGUAUUGACGGAACCGGUCGUCCGGGGUUUAUUAAAAUUCUGGCCGAAAACUUGUUCGCAAAAGGAGGUGAUGUUUUUAGGAGAAAUCGAAGAAAUACUUGAUGUUAUUGAUCCGCCACAAUUUGAUAAAAUUCAAGAGCCACUUUUCCGUCAGAUUGCAAAAUGUGUGUCUAGUCCACAUUUUCAGGUUGCCGAACGUGCACUAUAUUUCUGGAAUAAUGAAUACGCCAUGUCCCUAAUUGAGGAAAAUAAUGCUGUAAUUAUGCCAAUUAUGUUUCCUGCACUCUAUCGCAUUAGCAAGGAACAUUGGAAUCAAACAAUCGUUGCGCUCGUUUACAAUGUUUUGAAGACGUUUAUGGAAAUGAAUUCAAAAUUAUUCGACGAACUAACCGCCAGCUAUAAAGCGGAAAGACAAAAAGAAAAGAAACGAGAACGUGAACGUGAAGAACUUUGGAAGAAAUUGCACGAUUUAGAAAAUAGUCGUACAAGUAGUAAAAAGAGCGAAUCAACUAGUGAUUCUACACAGCAUCAGCAAAACAAUAAAUCAUCGUUAAUUAAUUCAAAUCCCAGCUCGUCAUCACCCUCAACACUAUCAACCACCAAUACUGUUGGCGGUGGCACCAGCAAUCCGUACAAUAUGAAAAAAGAAAUUAUUGUACCGAAGGAGGAAUAACACAACAAAUACAACCGAUAUCUACAUUAAUAUUUAUCAAUGACGUUCAAGAUGGACAUUAAAAAAAAAACAAAAAAAGUAAGAGGAAAGAAAUAAAUAAAAAAAUGAUGAAAAUGGAAACAUAAAAAGUAUAAAAUUUAAAAAAAGUAAAGUAAAAAUAUAAAAAAAAAAUUAAAAAUUAAUAAGAGAAGAAGCUGCUGAUUGCUCUAUUCAAUUCUCAUUCAAUAAUUAGCCGGAGAAAUAUGAUUAACUGCAUAUUGAUUAAUUAAUUAAAAUAAAUGAAAGAAAAACGCAAAAAAAAUAUUUAAAAAAAGGAGGAGAUGAAUAUGGAGGAUAAAAUUUGAAUUAAAACAAAAAAGAAAAAAAAAACACAAAAAAUAGAAAUGCAGAGAUAUGAGAAUGUGUUAAUUAAUACAAAUUGACAUUCACCUCAGACUGAUUUCACUUAAAACAUAAAAAAAAAAAAAUUCGUUGUGUACACGCUUCAUGAUAAUAACAAUAAUAAUAUGCCGGUGUGUAGAUCUCCUAAUGCGGACAAUUUUUUUUUAAACUUUUAUUUACAACACUGAACAACAACAACUCUCCUUUCUUCUUUUUCUCGUUUGCUUUUCUUCAUAAUAAAUCCUUUGAAGUCAACAUCUUAUUAUAUUCAAAUGUUUUGUGAUGGGACGCUUUUUCUUAACCGUGAUGCCUAGAGGCAACAACAAACUCAUCGAAAAUGAAACCAAAGUCAGUCUUUAUUAAACAAUUCACGCGCUCGUUUAAAGAAAGAGAAAAUAUUUUUUUUCCACGUUUGGGGCCAGAAUCUGUGUCGCAAAGCAUCCAUUUCUUUGAACUUGGUCUUAACGCUUCUCUCUUUUUACUUGCCUUCUUUUCUCUGCUCGCAAUUUUUUUUUAUCAAAGGAACGAUUUGUUUUCAUUUGAAACUAUUAUCCGGUUGAGUUGUUCUUUGAACUGAUAAUGGUAAAAGGGAUGCUGUGUGAAUCGGGAUGAAUAUUCUAAACAAUAGUUCUACGAGUAUGCUCGAAAGUGCAUCGCUAUUUCCUAGAAAAUUGAAGCAUCCGUGCUGACACCGAUAAGCAAUCAUUUGAUUUAAAAAAAAAAUCUUACUCAAUAUUCAUCAUGCCUCAGGCUUAAUUACCAAAUGGACUGCAUCACGAUCAACUUCACAGACAAGAAUAUGGAUUUGCUUAAAGUUAAAUAAUUAAAAGUAAUUUUGACGACAUCUAAUAAAACAAUGGUUUGAGAAACUGGCAGUUAGAAUCAUUACAAAAGUCAACUUCUAGUUACCCCCAUUCAAGUUAACUUUACACGUUUUUCAUUAGUGAUCCCACAUUUCUUAAGAUUUUUUUAUGAGCAGCUCUACGGUGUAACAUAGUUUUGUUAAGUUUUACGCCAACGGGUUGCGAGCCUCAAAGAAGUUGUUCAAAGUGGAGUGUACCAAAAAUGUUGUAUAAAUGUUGUCGAAGUAGCAAAACAGUGUAGCCUGCAAAACUUAUAUUGCAAUUUUUGAAUAGAUUUUUAGUAGAUCUGUACAAUUGGAAUUCCGUUCAACAAUUAGUAGUGCGGUAGAAUUGUUUUUUUUUUUUUCAUUUGUUAGAGUAUUGCUUGACCUAGAAACACGUAGAAACAGUUACGACCCAUUGUAAUGGAAAUAAUGAUUAAGUCCCCGGGUGUAAAUAGAAUCCUCAAUUUGUCGAAAUGAUCGUCCACACAUCUCGAGUGCUGUUGCAUUUCGGUAAGUGAGGUUAUUCAUUUCGGCACUUUGAAAAUUUUUGAGUUUGUCUUAAGAAAAAUAUUCGUUUUUUGUGUGUGUGACGCGCCAUAAGAAACACAUUUGGUUUCGUGAGGGACUGACUUUUUCGCCGAAAAAUGUAAUGUCGAUUGAAUGCAGCAGGAACAGUCUUAUUAACUAAUACAUUCUCAUAUCUUCGUUGGAAUAUAAAAACUAUCUACAAAAAACAAGAAGGAAAAAAUAAAAUAAAAAUAAUAAAAAAAUUGUCGUGGAAAAAAAAACAUUUAAACAAGAAAAAAGGAAAAUAUUUAAAAACUGUAUAUGUUGUAGCUUUAUGAAAAGUUUUUAAAAAACUGAGAAUUUAUCAUUUGUCUUUCAAAAAAAAAAAUGCUUGAAUUUCACUUUGUAGACAUUACAAACAAGACUAUUUUGACAAACAAAAUUUCUUUUUUUUUUAUAAAAUAGAAGAACACACAAAAAUCACAUUAUUUUAAAUAGAAAAAAAAUGAAUAGAAAAAACACAAAAAACACUCAUGCAAACUGAUUUAAAAGGAAAAAAAUUGAUGAAUGAAAAACACAUUUUCACCGGAAACAAAAUGUUGAACCGUAUAUUGGCGAUGUUAUACAACCAUUCUUUUUGCUUCUUUCAUUUUAUCAUUCGCUGAGUUUUUAGGUUGAAUCUGCAAUUUCAAUUGAACAGUUC